CAGGCUCGGCGUGAAGAACACAUUGGUGUUCAAUGCAGCUAUGAAUUAAGAAAAUACAGAAGAAAUCUGAAUGCUGCUUAAGAAGGGAAAGCCUGGGGAAAAGAAAUACUGAAGAAGAGCAGCCAGAAAAUUCAGCAUGACGGAAGCAUUCACAGAAACGACAGCUGAAUAUGCUUAUGAAGAACAUGCUUUUUCCUGCAAUAAGACUGACAUCCAAGAAUUUGGGAAGAUAUUUCUGCCAAUAUUUUACAUGGCAGUGUUUGCUUUUGGCCUCACAGGGAACCUAAUGGUGGUUUUUGCCAUUGUGAGAGAAGGCAGUAAAAAAAGCAUCACUGACAUCUAUCUCCUGAACCUGGCUAUCUCAGACCUUCUCUUCGUGAUCUCCCUCCCCUUCUGGGCCUCCAACACGGUGCGGGGAUGGACCCUUGGGACUGUUCCAUGCACAGCUGUUUCCUCUCUGUAUUACAUCGGUUUCUUUGCGGGCAUGUUCUUUAUCACUGUUAUCAGUAUCGACAGGUACUUGGCCAUUGUCCGGGCAACAUACUCGCUGAAAUCCAGAACAGUGAAACAUGGCUUUCUUAUAACCUGUGGAGUAUGGGCAAUAGCAGUUUUAUUUUCAGUGCCACAUUUUGUGUUCUCCCAGCUGGUAGAAAAUGACUGCAUUUCUGUCUUCCCCCAGGAGCUGGAGAACAUCUGGCCGGUGUUCUGCAACGUGGAGCUGAACACCAUCGGCUUUUUCAUCCCAGUCUGUAUCAUGUGCUAUUGCUACUGUGGGAUCAUCAAAACCCUGCUCUCCUGCAAAAAUCAGAAAAAAACACGAGCCAUAAAACUGGUCUUGGUUGUGGUGGUCGUGUUUUUUCUGUUUUGGUCCCCCUACAAUGUACUGAUUUUUCUAGAGACUUUAAGGCACUACGAGUUAUUCACAAAUUGCAACCAAAUUAAAACAUUGGACUACGCGAUGCAUCUGACCGAAACCAUUGCAUUCAGUCACUGUUGUCUCAAUCCCCUUAUCUAUGCCUUUGCUGGGGAAAAAUUCAGGAAAUACCUUUAUCACGUCUGCUUAAAAUACUGUCCAUGCCUGUGUUUCUGUGGCCCCUGCAGUCGCUACCAGGUCACCUAUUCCGCUAGCUAUGCAGAAAGCGUCAUGAACAGCAACAUAACCCUGAACACCAGCGACCAGGAUGGCUCUGUCUUCGCCUAGAAGGCUCUCCGAAGAAGAAAUGUAUGUAAAUAUGUAUUCUGCAGGGCUAGCCACCGCUGAGAGAUUGCCAUUACUUAUAUGAAGAGACUUAAUGGCUGCACCGAGUUACUGACAUGCCUCUUGUUAAGCAUUAAAUCAUGUAAAACGGUAAAAAUUUUAAAAACAAAAGCAGUACAGUAUGUCAAGGCUGAACAUGAAAUCGAAUCAAGAGAGAGGAUGAGGGAAAGUAGAAGCAAAAGAAGCGCUCUGUGCCUAGAACAGAGAAGAAUUUAAGGAUAAGGAAGCUGUUGAACAGUUUCAUCAUUGAAACUUGUGUGUGUGUCGGUGUAUGCACGUGGUACAAAUGCACAUAGACCUAAACUCAUUUUUUUAAGGGAAGAGAGGUCUUUCUAGUAAAGGGGUCUAUUUUUGAUGCUAUAUAACCAUAUAGAAGUGAGCAUCUGAGCAUUUUUUCAUAUGCAGUAAUUCCACAGAUAUUAAAUAUUCCAUUUUUUGCUACUGAACGUUCAGCCCCUUUUCAUAAAAUGCCUUGUGUUAGGUGUAAAUAUCUUCUAUAUGCUCAACUUUUAAAAUGUCAGCUGUAAGUGGACUUUCAGACUUCAGACACUGUCUAAGAUUAAGUGUAGCAUGAACAUCACUUGAAAUUAAAUCACUUUUCAAAAUUCAGUCUGCCUAAGCAAGUGAGACAACCCCCUCUGUCCCCACCCCCAAGCAAGUGGUAUUUUUAAGAAAUAAUAUUUUUACAAUGUUUUUUUAAAGAAAUGCUAAGAUGUGCAGAAAGAAAGAGGAAGGUACUCUGUGACUAAACAAGAAGUCAUCUGCAUGAAAUCGGUCUGAAGGGGGUGGAUUGCGGGGCUGAGCAAUGCGAUCUCACUCAGUUUAUUUAGCUUUCCUUUUAUUUUGGGGCCAAUGGCGAGUUACUGAGUGGGAAGAGUAAAAGGCACCUUUACAUAUGAUCCAUGUAGCUGUUUCCAGAAUGAAAGAGGCAAGCCCAGAGCUUUCUGCCAGCUCUCUAGGAAAGGAGAGCAUUUUCCUACCUAGCCCUGGUAGUUUCCCAAGAAUCCUACCCAUCACCAGCACGGUGCACCACAGCACGCACGCCUUCUGGAUGCGUCUCUCUCUGGCAGUGCAGACUUGCUACUGUGACUCAAACUGCCUUGACAGGCCUGGGUCCUCGGCAAGCUACAACGUGCGAAACUGCAUCUGCAAAAAACCCUUCAGGUCCAAGUUAAGGGCCCCUCCCAACAACCUGCACUUCUCUGUCUUCUUUGCCACGCUGUGCAAUGGAAGGCUUCCAAGGAUUGUCAGCAUAACAUCAUCAAUUUUUAUGCUACGUAUUUGCAAGCUAUUUUAUAGAAUCUGCUAUCUACAUGCAAGGUCUUACUGCUCAGUAUUUGAGCAUUUCUAUGAGAUUAAAAGCUUCAGGGGGGUUUCUAGGCACUGGGCUCUGCAACAAACAGGUAGUUUAUGCAGAUGCUUCCUCCUAGCAGAAGUGGUAAAUCUUUGAAAGCCUCUGAAAACCAAAAUCAACAUUUUUGUUUUGUUUGCAUUAGCCGGAAGAGUUUUGUUGUAAUCGUCCCUUAAAAACCUUCAACCUCCAUGAAACAUACCAGUGCUCUGAGGGCAACCAGUAACAAACUUGACCAGAACUGGGUUCAGCUGCAGCUGAGACAGGCGUUGCUGCUCACCGCUGUACUGCACCAUGCCAGCAUGCAUGGGGAGCUGGAGCCCCAUGGCUCCUGACCACACUGUGCCUCUUCUCUUAUGAUUUGUGACAGAUAAUAUUGUGUGUUUCCUGGGUUUCUGCUAAUUUUGUACAUUACACUCUUGAGGUAUUCUUUGCACCAUUUGAGCCUGACUGAAAGCAUACUGGUGUCUCUUUAAGUCCCUCCACUGGACUUUCAGUUAACUGUAGCCUUUAUUUAAUGAUACUACUUCUCUUUCAAAACCUUUGUAGCAGGAAACUGGUGCUUUCUAACUGCCCAGCUAGGUUACAACACACACUUUUCUACGCACAGCACUAAUGCUGCAUAUAACCUUAGACUGUAUCAACACAUUCCUGAGGACCAGCAACAUCCAGUCCCUAACCAUUACACUUUAGAAAGUAAACCAGUCUCUCAGAUUUUGGAGGAUACAUAUUCCAAAUUACAGUCUGAUCGUAAGCCCUCUCUACCAAGCGACCCAGAAGAAGAAUGAUUUCAAAUGCGGCCCUGAGCAAUGACAAGCCUUUGAACAAAUUAAA